AUGACGUCCCAUCCCACCUUCACCCAAUCCCAUUCCACCUUCACCCCAUCCCACCUUCACCCAAUCCCAUCCCACCUUCAUACGUCCCACCCCAGCUUCAUCCCAUCCCACCUUCACCCCAUCACAUCCCACCUUCAUCCCAUCCCACCUUCACCCCAUCCCACCUUCAUCCGAUCCCAUCCCACCUUCAUCCCAUCCCACCUUCAUCCCAUCCCACCUUCACCCCAUCCCAUCCCACCUUCAUCCCAUCCCACCUUCACGAAAUGCCAUCACAUCUUCACCCCAUCCAAUCCCGACUUCACCCCAUCCCAUCCCACCUUCACCCAAUCCCAUCCAACCUUCAUACGUCCCACCCCAGCUUCAUCCCAUCUCACCUUCACCAAUCCCACCUUCACCCCAUCCCAUCCCACCUUCACCAAAUGCCAUCCCUCCAUCACCAAAUGCCAUCCCAUCUUCACCCCAUCCUACCCGAUUCACCCCAUCCCAUCCCACCCUUCACCCAAUCCCAUCCCGACUUCACCCAAACCCAUCCCGACUUCACCUCAUCCCAUCCCACCUUCACCAAAUGCCAUCCCACCUUCACCCCAUCCCAUCACACCUUCACCCAAACCCAUCCCGACUUCACCUCAUCACAUUCAACCUUCAUACGUCCCAACUUCACCCAAUCCCAUCACACCUCCACCCAAUCCCAUCCCACCUUCAUCCAGACCCACCUUCAACUCAUCCCAUCCCACCUUCAUCCCAUCCCACCUUCACCCAAUCCCACCUUCACCAAUCCCACCUUCACCAAAAUGCCACCCCACCUUCACCCCAUCCCAUCCCACCUUCACCAAAUGCCAUCCCACCUUCACCCCAUCCCAUCCCACCUUCACCCCAUCCUAUCACACCUUCACCCUAUCCCAUCCCGACUUCAGCCCAUCCCAUCCCACCUUCACCCAAUCCCAUCCCGACUUCACCAAUCCCAUCCCACCUUCAUACUUCCCACCUUCAUCCCAUCCCACCUUCACCCAAUCCCACCUUCACCCAAUCCCAUCCCACCUUCAACUAAUCCCAUCCCAACUUCACCCAAUCCCAUCCCACCUUCAUCCCGUCCCACCUUCAUCCCAUCCCACCUUCAACUAA